AUGUCCCAAACCCCCGCCCCUACCACCUCCUGGCCCUCUCCUACCCCCUCACUCUCCGUUCGCUCGACCAAGGUAACCACCCCCGCCUGGCUCCUCGAAAUCCUCUCCCUCCCCGCCGACUCCCGCGUCCUCCACGUCAACACCGCCCUCACCGCGGUCUUCACCCCCCCGACCUCCAUCAUAACCAUCACCUCCUCUAUCCCCCUGCCCGCCAGUAUCUACGGCCCCGCUUCCAAGCUCGACCGCAUCACAUGCCGCCUUACCAACAUCAACACCGGCUCCAUCCGCAACUCCACCAUCGUCUCCGGCCACAUCACGCUCGUACUCCACGACACCACAAAAGCGGCCCUACUAGCAGCGUAUGACGUCUUCUUGGCCUCGUUCCCCAUGAUGCAUGUCAAGGCACCCAUGAAGGAGCUUCUCCGCGCCGCCUUCAAGUCCGCUGUCGACAAGCUAGGCUGGAAGGUCGGCAUUGAAGCACUAAAAGCGUGCGAUUCCGCGGGCUGCGCGAACCUGAAGAACCUGUACAAGCGCUUCAUCACGGAGACGGGAUAUAUCUCGGAGAACAACUCGCCGCCCAGACCGCGCGGGAGGCCGAGGAAGUAUGCGGAGAUGUCGAGGGUGUUUGGGGAGGACUACCCAAAGGGCCUGCGGGAGCUGGUGACGGGUGCAGUGGAGGAGGUGAAGGCGCUUUUCUCGCCGUCCCUGGUGGGCGGCGGCGAUGGAGGGACGGCCGUCAAGGUUAAUAUUUGGUGUGUCAAGUGGAGAGUCCCGGGGGGAGAGGCGAGAGGGGGGAAGGGGCUGCCGGGGGAGGCGAAAAUGGGGGAGGGGUGCUUGAGCGAUUAUGCGGCGGGGUACUUUAUUGGCGCAGCAAACAGUCCUACGACGUCCAGCACCAGCUGCGAAGACUCCAAGACAGCCAAUGCUGUGGGCGAGGUGCCCAAGAUUGUCGACACGCUGGACAAAUACUUCCUCGUCGAUGACAUUUGCCCGAACCCUAAUCUUAGUGCAGUUGUUGUUAUCAAUUAA